UUUUUUUUUUUUUUUUUUUUUGUGCCUUUUUCGGUGCCGGCGCGAGUUCGGAUCGACGGGAACGGGAAUCGGCGACGCCCGAGCGGCGCUUCGAUUUCGACCUCGGUGGAAGGAAGGUGUGGAUUCGCGAUCGGGCGUUCGAUGGCGGAUGAAUCGCGCGAAACGAACGGGGCGACGGUCGUUAGUUGGGGAUUGUGUCGACUGGGCGAAGCGAAUGAUCGUUUCUUCGUGGAGAUGAGUGUGGAUUUGAUCUGGGCGACUGGCUAGUUUUUGUUGUUGCUGAAGUGACUGGGGGCAGUCCUGAUCCUAAUUGCUUAGGUGAAUGUUUAAGUUCUUGUGGGGCCUUGGUCUUCGGGAGGACGAGGUCGAGUGCGUCGACGUCUUUGGGUUAGAUGACGAACUCUUGGAGAUGGUCCCAAAGCCUGUACUCGCUGUUUUGUUCCUCUAUCCCAUCACGGCGCAGUCGGAAGAAGAGAGAAAACAGCAAGAAAGUUUGAAGAAGGAGUGUAGCAGUAAAGUUUAUUUCAUGAAACAAACUGUGGGCAAUGCUUGUGGAACAGUUGGACUUCUGCAUGCUGUUGGGAACAUCACUUCAGAGAUCAAGCUUGUGGAGGGAUCCUAUUUUGAUAAGUAUUUCAAGUCCACUGCAAAUAUGGAUCCUCAUCAGCGUGCUGUAUUUCUGGAGAAUGAUAGAGACAUGGAAGUCGCCCACUCAGUAGCUGCUACAUCGGGUGAAACAGAGGCAUCAGAGAUUGUUGAUACACAUUUUAUCUGCUUUGCUUGUGUAGAUGGUGAACUGUUUGAGCUGGAUGGAAGAAAGUCCAGUCCUAUAUCACAUGGUCCAUCCUCACCAAGCAGCUUAUUGCAGGAUGCAGCUAAAGUCAUCCAAGAAAUGAUCCAGAAAAAUCCAGAUUCACUCAAUUUCAACGUCAUAGCCCUUUAUAAGAAGGUUUCAGGCAUAUAAUGUCUAUAAUGGAGCUCGUCAAGUUACCCCUGCUGUGGACGUACUGAUUGUUGCUUUCCCAGAAGGAUGUCAGUUCUUUCAUAGUAUCAUGUUAAGCAUCUUUAAGAAUAACUUGCUACUCACCAGAGGGCCUGUAAUCCGUCACUUGUGGAUCGUUCGCUUUUAGGCCUAUGAACGAAUCUUUGGGUUUAGAUGGUCCUGCUGUGUCCAAAAGUGGUGAAAUGGAUGUUAUGCAGCUGAAACUUUUAAGUUUAUUGCUUUGCGUAGGAGACAGCCUCCUUUUGAUGCUUCGUCAUGGCCAUGAAUUUCUCCAUUUUGAAUGA